AUGUCAGUGUGUUUGUUUGUGUGCACAAAAUCGGCAAUAAUAGCCGCCGUCUUCUCAUGCCAUCUAUUCACCACGCACACACACACACACACACACACACACACCUACGCCGCCACUCGAAAUGGAAGUGAACUUGAUAAUAACAAAUCAACUUGUUGUCAACGCAACCGAAAUGGGCAGUUUCGUCGAGUGUGGCGGUACAGUCGAGCAACUGCCACCGUCGUCCUCUGGUGGUCUCAACGACUGCACACCUCUCCCACAUACAGACACACUUUGCCGCGUGAUUGGGCCAUGCGGUUGGGGGUCUCGGUGCGGCCUCGACGGGGUUGCCCGAAGGUGAGGUCAGACCAAAAUGGAAUGGCGACAAAAGUGAGGCCAGACGAUCUCGGUCGUGGCGGCUUCGGUGACGAGAGAGUCGAGAUGGGCCGAUUGAAAGUGGGGCGAAUGUGA